AGCCACUGCCACGCAGAGCAAGCGAGCGCAGCAGCAGCUGUAGCUAGCUUGUACGUGCACAAGGAGCUCGCUCGGUCGCGAUGGCAGCUAGAGCGGCGCUCCUCCUGGCCGUGAGCCUGGUCCUGGCCGCCGUGGCGAGCGCGACCAACUGCCCGCCGCCGCCGGCCCCGACGCCGCCGACGCCGACGCCGACGCCGCCGCCGGCCCCGACGCCGCCGACGCCGACGCCGACGCCCAGCGGCGGCGGCCACCACUGCCCCAGGGACGCGCUGAAGCUGGGCGUGUGCGCCAACGUGCUGGGCCUCGUCAAGGCCAAGAUCGGCUCGCCGCCGUACCUGCCCUGCUGCUCGCUGCUGGACGGGCUCGUGGACCUGGAGGCCGCCGUCUGCCUCUGCACCGCCAUCAAGGCCAACAUCCUCGGCAUCAAACUCAACCUCCCCAUCGACCUCAGCCUCAUCCUCAACAACUGCGGCAAGAGCUGCCCCAACGACUUCCACUGCGCAUAGAUCGCCCACUGAUCGACCGUCCUCGCUCCUCCAUCGCCGGCGGCCGCGGUCGUCCAUCAUUCCAUUCUGUCAUUCCGUGGCGGCUCUGUGGUUGAUCUCAUCAUCAACUCGCUGUCAGUUCGAGCUUGUUUGUUUUUAUUCGUUUCGUUAUACAAAUUAAUGAGUGGUUUUUUCACUUGUACGUAGCCCCCUCCCCCGCAAAAGUCACCACGUAUGUUAUUCUCUUGGUCUGUUUCUAUAUAUGGUUUGUCCCGUAAAUGAAGGUGUAAUUUCUUUCCGACAAAGCUGAGUGUGUGGAAUAAUGGAAUUCAUUUGGACGUGUAAUA